AACUGUAAUCAUCUGUGCUGUUUGCAGCCUUAUGAAUUAGUACGGUGUAGGCUAAACAUUCUGCUCUGAGAUUACCUUCAUAUUAAGGAUGGGUUUAAACUUUUACCCACUGGCAGCCGUUUGACUAGAUUAGGGGUCAUUUGUCAACAGUGUAGGAUCAUUUAAGGAUCGUUUACUAUAAGCAUGUGAAGAGAUUAACAGUGCGAGAGAGAGAGAGAGAGAGAGAGAGAGAGAGAGAGAGAGAGAGAGAGAGGGGGGCUUGUGACUCUCCCAAUGCAGACCGUACUGCACGGCACAGCACAGCGCGGCAGAGUGCACACGUGGAAUCGACUCUCAGCUGAUGAACUACAGUCUAUCUAACUAAGGAGCUGGCUUUGUCUUAAAAUACCUUUUUCUUGUAGGCGACAGACAGCUCAGCUUUCGUGUCCAGUCAAUACUUGACACUCAGCCUACAGCGAUCACCCAUAGAGUUUGAUUACCAACUGGAUUGACUGACUGACUGACUGACAGAAGUGUGUGAGAGAGAGAGGAGCAAGCCGUAGGGAUAUACAAGACGCCCUGGAGUAUCUGACCGGAACUCUUCUCGGCGGUGGAAAGAUGACAUCCAAGUCAUCCAGGCAGGGCAGACCAUCCUCGGCAGGGUCCAAGCAGCCCUCUCAGAGGAAGGAGUGCCCGGCAGGUAACCGAUCUUGUAUGCUGCGGGUCGGGGAGAGGCUUAUGAGGGCUGGGAGUGAGGGGAACCUACAUGCUGUGAGACCCAAACCUGCCCAGCAGACACCACUGGAGGAGGGACACCAAAAGUCCGGCUCCAUCACAGCCAAAGAGUCAGGAAACAACAACCCAAAACUGUCAUCACCUGAGGAUGUAAAGCGCCUCCACAGACAGCAGAACCUAGAGAACCAGAACCACCACUCUGAGCCACACUCCCCUAGCACUGUCCCCAGGAGGUCCACCAUCGGAGGGCAAGGGCACCGCAGCACCAGGGACCCCCUGACCAUACAGCACACUGACAUAGAGAGGAAGAAAGAGGUUUUCCUGGAGCACCUGAAGCAGAGGUACCCUCACCAUGCUGCUGUCAUCAUGGGCCAUCAGGACCACCUCAUGGGCCAUCAGAACCGCCUCAGAGAUAUCAGGAGCCCCCAGCACUCUGCCAGCCCCCCGCCCGGUGUAGGGGAGCAACUGGAGCACCUCUCUCUGGAGUCUCUGGAGACCAUGUCAGAGGUAGAUGGUCCUGCUGCCUUCACCCGGGGCUGUCGGGCACGGGCCAGCCUGCCGGUGGUCCACUCUGCCAACCAGACCAGGGACAGAUCACUAGGUGUGCUGUACCUGCAGUACGCAGAGGAGACCAAGCAGAUCCGGAUGCCCAAUGAGAUCACCAGUGGAGACACCGUCAGGGCUCUGUUUGUGAGUGCCUUCCCCCAGCAGCUCACCAUGAAGAUGCUGGAGUCUCCCAGUGUGGCCGUCUACAUCAAGGAUGACACAAGAAACAUAUACUACGAGCUAACUGAUGUCAGAAAUAUCACACCUGGCUGCUGUCUGAAGGUGUACCACAAAGACCCUGCACACGCCUUCAAUCGCAGUAACGCAAGGUCCAACAAUGCCCGACGGCAGGCGCAGCCCAUACCAAGAGAGAUACUGUAUGGAAGUCAUAGCCCUGUCCACACUUUACAAUCCACCCGCAUUCCUGUCCACGCCAUUCAGGGGACCAUGUCUCCCCCCAUGGCCCGCUCCAUGCCCUCCUCCCCCUCCAGGAUCCCCUAUGGUCCCCAGGCUGGGGGAGGGGUGCCAGGCAGAGCCACCCUCCCCAGGGCCAGCAUGUCCAGCGGGCCACCCAGCAGGUCCGUCACCCCAUGCCCCAGUGCUAUCCUGGAGAGAAGAGACGUCAAACCUGAUGAGGACCUGAGCAGUAAGAGUAUGGCGCUGGUGCGUGCCGACGGGCUGUAUGUCAACGUCACUGACCAAUACGCUGUCCAGGAGGGCUGGCUGAGUAUUGCCUCCUCACAGGGGGGCAGCCACACGGGGGACGUGGUCGACAUGGGUGGUGGUAGCCUCCAUCGGGCUUCGGGCAAGUCCACAGCCUCCUAUUCAGAGAACCCAGAGCAGCAGCACUCCCUCUACAGGCAGAAGUGCCGGAGGUAUGGUGAAAACCAGGGACUACCGCCGUUCGGCACCAAAACCCCACCACCUUCCCCUCACAGAGUGAAUGAGGUCAGGAUGAUUGACAACCAUGGCCCUGUGGCCCCAGAGAGAGGGUCUCCUAUUCGCCGGUCCCUGCGGAGGGAGAGUAAUGGUAAUACUGUGGAGGUGGUGAACAGGACCAGGGGUAGUGUGUCCUCUGUGUCCUCCUCUCCUGUGUUCCUGGAGUUCCCCCCAGGCCACCAUGGGGACAAAUUGUUCCAUGGUCACCUCACCCCCAAUGACCCUCAGACCAGUGAGCGAAUGAAGGCCAUGGAACAACAGAUCGCCAGUCUUGCUGGCCUUGUUCAGCAUGCACUUUUUAUUGGGCCAGCUGAGAGAGAUGGGAGGACUGCUUCUCCUUUCCAUGUAAACAACAGUGCAGGAGUGUCACCAGUUCCUGCAGCCAGAACCCCAGCCCUCCUGGCAGACGCCUCCAGUGCUCUAGUCUCUCAGGCCCAUCCCCCUGACCCCGCCCUGCAGGUCACACUGACCACUGUCAGGAUGAACGUCACUGAUCUGCGACAGCAGCUGCAUCAACUCAGACAGCUACAGAUGCAGAACCAGGACAGUGUGAGGGUGAUGCUGAAGAGAGCGGGGCAGGAGCUGACUGGGGUUAUGUCUGAGACCUUACAGAGACAGCAGCAUGAGACAGAGCCUGCCCAGAGACAGAGGACCACAGUGGAUGAGGAGAGACACAAGUACCUGGCCAUGGAGGAGAGAGUACUGGCCCAGCUCAGGGAGCUUGAGGAGUACGUAGACUGUCUGAGAAGAGACUUGUCCUCUUGCCCAGGUCAGCUGUCAGUCACCCUCAGGGAUGUGGAGGAGGGAGCUGUCAACCUCAGGAGGGUGGGAGAGGUCUUGGCUGGGCUUAAAGGUGAGUUUCCUAGCCUGCAGGGGAAGAUGCGGACAGUUCUGCGUGGGGAGGUAGAGGCAGUGCACUUUCUGAAGGAGGAGCCUCACAAGAUGGACAGCAUGCUUAAGAGGGUCAAAGCCCUGACGGAAGCUCUCAGCGGUCUCAGAAGAUGUGUCACAGAGAAUCAUCCUCAAGAUCCCGAGCCUGGAGCAGCCAAAGCAUUCAUAGAGGGGGCUGUAGAGCCUGCCAUUGCCCAGUCUGACCCCCCAAUGAGGAAUCGCCCCACUGUGGAGUCCCCCAAACCCCAGCCCAGGUCCUCUGUCAGACCGCCCCUACCCCAGCUCCAGGGCCAGAACCCGGCAGGCAGGCCAGACAUGGCCCCCACGUCUCCUGUCGUCAUCCACCGUGUGAAGAGCUCUCCCGUCAAUAUGCAACCGUGUCAGCACUCAGUGGCCCUGCCGCAUCACCACCACCCCAGCCCCCCGCUGACCCCCACCCAUGGCAGAGACUCCCCCACCGUGGCCAAGGUCAGUCCCCGCAGCCGGGAGAACAGCCCGGCCCUGCAGAAGAGAAUGAUCACCUGGUGCGGAGAUGGACCGGCCCCCAUGGCUAGCAGCACUGAGACCACCACACAACCACCUGGCUCAGCGGAGAACCAAACCAACAGGGGCAGCAAAAACAGAGUCAUGGACAUCCAGGCUGCAGAGAGAGAGGGGGACCUGGAGGAGGGGAGGCCACCACAGAGAUCAGCCACCUCUGCUGGGAGUCAGUUUGAGCAGAUUCUCCAGGAGGCCCAGGCCAGCCUAAUGAGGGCCAUCCCCGACCUAGAGUUGACCGAGACAAGGAGGAGUGAGUCUCAGUCUCCCAAUCCACCCCUAGCUCCAGACCAGCCAUCUCUCCCCCAGACCCUCCCAGACCCAAAGAUGCCCCUCAACAGUCCACUGCUAGACGAGAUGGAUGUCCCUCAACCUACUGAGGCGUCUCUUCCAGAACCCGCUCAGCCAGCUAAUGUGGCUUCUGAGAUGACUGUUCAGAGCAGCCCUGAGCGACCACACAGGCCUAUGGUUGAGAAGCCUCGCAGGCCCAGUGUGGAGAGAGAGAUGAGGAACAGCCCAGAGAAAGCAGGGAAGUCCCCUCCACCGCCCCCACCACGGAGGUUCUUCACCCCACCAUCAAGCCCUGGGCUGACCACAGGGAGGUCUGGAGAAGUCGUCUUUACUUCCAGAAAGGAAGCCGCCGCCACACGGAACGAUGAAGAGGAGGUGUUCCUUCAACCCAGUCCCAAACCCACCAGACAGCUCCCAGAGGUCAAGCCCAAACCCCAAACCACAUCUGUUAUCACAGCCUCAGCUGAGCCAGAGGAAGAGGAGGACGAAGAAGAGGAUGAGGAGGAGGAUACAUUCAUGAAGGAACUACAGGUGUUUCAGAAGUGCAUUCUUAGAGAUGUAGGCACAAAGUGCGUUGUAGACCUCACAAGCACUGCAUCCCAAGUCAGACAGAUUACACCAGAGCUCCCCCUCUCACCCAAAGUCCCUAAGGAGAGUCAGGAGAACCAGGGUAAAGAAAAAAGUGUGCUCAACACCGAUGAAAACAGAUUUGACACUGUACCAAAGAGUCCCAGGGUCAUGUAUUAUGUUAUGGGACAGAUAUCCAAUGAAAAGCCUCCAUCGGGAAGAACAGACCAGUCGGAAGGCAGAGAGGGAACAGUGUCCCCCUCACAGGUGGCAAACACAAAUACGCUUGACUCCCAGCAGCCAGAGUUACUAACAGCAGACGAGUCACCUCUAGUGGUGGAGUGCCAAGAUUGUCCUCCUAAAACACAAAAGAUAGCAGUUGGAGAAGAUAGUGAGAAGGCGAGCCUCGUAGAUGAGAAUGACCUGAAGGAUCCUGUUGAGAGUCAGAAAGAGGAGGUGGCUGAACCUGUGUGUUCUCCAAUACCUGCAGAGAAGAAGGACUUACCUGCACCUACCGAAUUGAGCACUCAUCCUGCUAACAGUAUACCAUCAUCUCCACCAGUACCAGUAAUCCAGCCUAUGACUAUUAUAGCUCAGGAGGGUUCAGGUAGUCCAGUGUCUCCUCCAGUAAAGAGUGUGAACCUGGAUGACAGCCAGAGCCAGCAGGUAGUAUUUAGGUCAUCCAGAGGCAGAGCACCACGGUAUGUAGAGGAGAGCAGCAGCCUGAGCCCUGAGCUCCCCGACGAGGAGGGCUCUCCUCCCCCUGAGAACAUCUCCUUCAUGAUGAUUACCAGCAACAGAGUGCAGGCUCUGUCCACCAGGCAGUACCAGGACAUAGUAAGUAGUACCAACGGAUCCGAGGUUCAGACCAUCAAGGUGGGGAACAACACCACCACCAGCGUCAGCCAGGAGGAGCACUGUGGCUUCGACAGGAAGCCUGUGAUCAUCAUAUUCGACGAGCCCAUGGACAUCCGGUCGGCCUACAAGCGUAUGUCCACCAUCUUUGAGUGUGAGGAGGAGCUGGAUGUGAUGCUGCACCAGAAGAGCAUCGAAGAGGAGAACGAGGAAGCAGAGAAGAAUGUACCUCAGGUAAAGCCUAACACUGAUCUCCAACAGGCAAACAAGACAGCAGUGACAGAAAACACUGCACGCGGUCACAGUAAUACUCCUGCUGUGGUUGCGCAACAGACAAGUACAUCAGAGUGCUCAUCGCCAGAACAGUCUAAAACAGAGUCCUCAAAUGGCAGCAAACCAGAGUCCAAAAAUAAGUUCAAAUUCAAGUUCCCCACCAAAAAGAUGGCGGCCAUCAGCCAAGCGAUUCGCACUGGGACCAAAACAGGCAAGAAGACGCUCCAGGUAGUGGUCUAUGAGGACGGGGAGGACGGACACAUGAAGGAGACCAAGAGGUUUGAGAUCAACAGCAGCAGCAAACCCCAAACUGACUCCAGUCACCUCACCACUGUGAAUAACGUAAUGUCAUCAAGCACUUUCAACUGGUCAAACUCUAAACGCAGGACAGAGGCGAUCUGUAAGAACACCUACGAGUCCAGAAACAGUUUAGAUGAGACCAUUAAAAAGCGGGAGAUCACCUUGGAGAAUAUAAGCCCCUCUGCGCUUAAGAUAGACUCCUGUGAAGAGUCUCCAUCCACUGUGAAACUCAAACAAGAGAGGGAGGGCAAUCCCUCCAAGAGGUCUGCCCCUCCACAGGUCUCUCAGUCCCUUAAUCCUCAGAGUAAGAAGUCCAAACCACAACUUCCACAGCUUCCCAGACCGUCCAUCACGAGCAGCUCCAAGAAACAGAAUACCAGUGGCUCUCCUUCUUCAAGUCAGAUGUCACUUUCUGCAUCUGCAAAGUCCUGGCAGCAACCAGCCGGGUCAGCUGACAAACCAGGAGGAAAAGCUCAGAAGCUCCAGGGCAAUCAGAAGCAGUUUCGACAGGCCAUCAGAAGUACUAAGAAAGCAGGUGGGGAUAGUAACCAUUCUUUCCUUGCUUUACCUGCUUCUAAGAUCCCAGCCUUUUGUCAUAGCUCUGGAAAAAACACGUCAUCCCCAGAUCCUAACUCUGUGCCUAACCCUAUUAAAUCACAUUCAUCCUUCCCGUCCUCCUCACACAAGUCUUUCAUCCCGUCCCUUAAUCUGAGUCGUCUCAUCCCUCCUAGCCCGUCUCUCAAUGACAGACGUCAAAAUCUUUCCCUCUCGUCUCAAACCCAAAAUGGCCGACCCAGCCAUUUCUCUUACUGCUCAUCUUCCUCUUCCUCUUCCAACUCCCCCUCUUCCAACUCAUCCUCUUUGUCCCCCACAUCCACGUCCUCCACCUCAUCCUCCCCUCCCUCCUCUCCCCGACUGCCAUGAGUCAAGGUGCAAGGAGUAUCCACUACAUUGUACAUAUACCCAGCUUCACCGGUCACAAGAUGCAAUGUGGACACAGCAGCAAAACCACACACACACCAGCAGCUUCUUUAUCCAAGGACAUGUCAUGAUCUUUUUAUAUCUAUAUAAAUUAUAGUGGAGGGAAAUGCUGUUUUCAUGGCAACAUAAUACAAUUGCAGGGCAGUCUUGUUUCUCUCCAUACCUUCCAUACGUUUUUGAUCAUGAACAGUUUGAAAAGAAAAUACGUUGACCUGCUUUUCAUUCAACACUCCCUUUGAGCAAGAGGACGUUUUUAUUUCUGCCUCAGCUUUUGUAUGAUGAUAGCCAUAUUAACAAGAGAACUACCUUGCAUUACAAACGAUCAACACAAAAAGGUGCAAACAUUCUAGAGUUAAUGCUAAUGCAGUUUAGUGGUGCUGAAAAUCUGGAUUUUAUUUUUAUUGAUGUGAGAAAUCUUUGGUUUAAUUGAUGGUGUUGAAUAUAAUGUAUAUUUUAUUUGAAUUUGAGUGACAGUUAAUAUACAGAUUUGAUCUAAAAUAACAAUUUAUUAUAUAAAGAAAUCAAAUGAUUUUGGCGAUAGAUGUAGUAUAUUACAUCUAGCAUCAAUCAUUCACUUGUCAUCUGUCAGAGAAUCUCUUCUAUGCAAUGAUCUUAGAUGUGUAGCGUGUGAGUGGAACUUUAAGGAAAAAAAGAGCUUGGUGAUUUAUUAUGCUUCCUAUGCACUGCCAAAUCCUUUGAGCUAACAAGACAGCUACUGUACAAUCAAAGUGAUGUUUAGAGGCCUUUUACGGCAGUAGAUGUGGUAAAAUGCCAAAGUAUUUGGUUUUACAGACCAUGUAUCUAAGACAUGCACUGUGUGGAUGUUGUAAUGUUUUCCUUUGGGAUGGCACCUACUUAUUCUACCCAAAUAGCUUACUGUGAUACUCUUAUAUUCAUAUCAGUAACUGGUGUUUACAUUCAUACUUAGUGACAGAAGUUUACAUACGAGUACAUUUUAGAGAUUUGACAUGUAUCUGUAAUAUUAGAGAACUAUUGUGUUUACACAACUCAUAUUUAGUGUUCUCUGAUUUUGUAAAGCUGUAAACCAUGUUGUAAAACUGUAUUGUAGAAUGAAAUACUUGUGAGGUUGAAAAACUAAUAAAGGGCUUUCUGUUAGUGA